AUUUCCAAAGCCUAAAAUUUAAACCCACAAACAACCCCGGCCCUUAUUCCCACUGCAUUUUCCCGAUUUCAUCCUGAGGAGUUUGGUAAGCUUUGUAAUUCCUUUUUUUUUUAGAAUUAUUAUCAUUGGGUUAAAAACGAUGAUUUAUUUUGGAAUUAAAAGGAAUUGAUGAAUUAUCGGAGUUGACGAUGGAGACACAAUUGAAUAUAUCAUACUUAUGGGUCUAUUUGUUCCUCCUAAGUUAUAUCGAUUUUACUGGUUUCAGCUCCAAGUGUUUUGAGAGCUUUUUCGGUAUUAGGUUCCAUCAAGAAAAAAUUUUAAAAUCGAAUAGGGGAUGAGUUCGUGAAAGAUUGUCGAGUGGAAUAUAUUGAAAGAGAUUUGUUCAGCACCGUAGAGGUGAAUGUAAUUUUACAUUUUUGUCAAAAUAUGAUAACACGUCGUGGGUUUUUGUUGUACCUUGUGCUAGUCGGAUAUUUUUUUAUUGAAAAGAAUUUUAAAUAUCAUUUUAGUUUUUAAAAGGAACACUCCUAUAUAAACUAUUUCGAUCCGUCGGAAAAAAACUAAUUCAACUAUUGACAAUUGACAUUAACCUGAUACCAAAUCACUACGACUACAACUUGCAUGACCCAUUGUCAUUCCUAACAGACCUACCGACUUAGUGGUUCUAACUUAUAUGUUACUUUCUUAACUAUAUCAAGAAGCACUGAAGAAGUUGACUGACUUAAGCUAGCUAGCCUCAUGGUAACAAAUUAAAACACCUACGUGGCUACGCAACAGCCACUUGCCAAUCUAUAUAUCUAGCUAUCUACUUACUUAACAUAUAAAAAAUGAAUAUGGACCCCAAGUAGCAUUAUUUCCUCGACGGUGCACCUUAUCCUGAAUUUACUCUGUGGGAUCCAUUUCCACCUUACUACAUUGAUGAUGCCUCUCUCUCAGAGUCAGAGUCAGACCUAGACAGUUGUGGUUUAAUACGACCCAACAAGGCAACAACCGUCGGCGAUUUACACAGCCAACAACCAUAUAUACGGCUUUCAUCAACUCGCCGACCGACCCAUUUCUCGGUAAGUAGUAUAAAUCCAUUUCCAUGCCCUCCAAUCUAACCAUCCAAGCGUAAACACAGUUACCCACAUACACUCAUCUCAUUUACUCUUUAACUCCCAUUCCGAGAAAACAAUGGCGAGAGCUGGGACUCUGGAAGUGGACGUGGAGAUCAAAUCCCCGGCGGACAAGUUCUGGGAGAACAUCAGAAACUCCACCACUCUGUUCCCCAAGGCCUUCCCCGACCAGUACAAGAGCAUUGAGGUCCUCCAAGGCGACGGCAAGGCACCCGGCUCCAUUCGCCUCUUCACCUACGCAGAUGGAUCUCCGCUGGUGAAGGUGUCGAAGGAGAGCAUCGACAGCGUGGACGAGGCGAAGAGGUCGGUGUCGUACAGCGUGAUCGAAGGAGAUCUGCUCAAGUACUACUGCACUUUCAAAGGCCACAUCGUGGUUGCUCCAAAGGAGGAAGGUUGCCUGGUGAAAUGGACGUGCGAGUACGAGAGGGUGAGCGACGAUGUGGAGGUUCCGCACGUGAUCAAGGACUUUGUGGUCAAGAACUUCAAGGAAGUUGACGAACUGGCUCUGGCGGCUUAAAGAAGAAGAAGAAGGGCGCGCGGCUAGUUGUUCCGGUCCAGAAAGCUGGGAGAUCUCGUCCGAGCCGUACUAUUAUGAAAUGGUUGUUUGUUCAAUUGAAUAAGCUGCUUUUGCGUUGUCAUACUCAUAAGUCAUAUGCAUUUGCAGCUCGAUUAUUAUUAUUAUUAUUAUUAUUAUUAUUAUUAUUAUUGAUUAUUGAUGUGACUUGAAUCGGACUAUCAGCCGCUACGACUGGUAAUCGGGGGUCUCGAUAUAGUGAAACUGGCUCUCUCUCGCCCGUGGACGUAGCUAACACACAUCGUGUUAGUGAACCACGUAAAUCGUGUGUCGUGUUUUCGAUUCUCGCUUUCGUAUUCUUGCUUUGUCGAUUCCUGCGAUUUCCCGAUCCGUAGCAGCGCGUUCAUAACAAGUGGUAUCAGAGCCGCGACUGGAAAUCAUGUUAGGGUUUUCGAUUCAGAAGAAUGACGUCGGUGAACAUGGAGAUCGAAAAGUUCACGGGGAAGAACAGCUUCGCUAUAUGGCAUAUCAAGAUGCAGGCUUUAUUAAAACAGCAAGGGCUGU